AUGCACAUCUUCUCCCAAUCUUUCAAGUAUGAUCACUCAUGGUCUCACGUCGUCAUUGGAAUGUGGCACAAAUACCCGAACCCACAUUGUACUCACGUCGUUAACGUCGAUGUUCUCGAUCGUACGAUUGAUCCAUUAACUGGAGUAAUACGGACGGAGCGUGUCCUUGGGUGCAAACAAAAGGCGCCCUCAUGGAUAGUCAAGCUCUUUGGUGGCUCGGAGGAUGCUUUUGUUCGUGAGAUAUCCUUCAUAGAUCCCUCAACGCAAACCGCGACGAUCACAUCCGUCAACCUCUCGCUGUCCCAAUUCGCUACUUGCUAUGAGCGAAUACAGUAUAGACCGAUGUCCUCCACCCAGACAUCAUUCAUACAGACAGCAGAGAUACAGGCGCGGAUGGCCAUGUGGAGGAGUAUGACAGACAAGUUCGAGGAUUGGUUGGUUCAGCGCUUCGAGCAGAACGCUAUUUCAGGUAAAGCUGGAUUUUCGGACGUGCUCAGAACAAUGUGGGAGGCCAAGGAACAGCAGACUGCACCAUCAUAG